AUGUCGCAUACAGGAUUAGUGCAUUACCUGGCUACAGUUAUUCUGUCGAAACGAUGGCGGCAUGUUUGGACGAUGCUGCCAAAACUCGUGUACACGGAUAGUGACUAUAGACGACGCCCUGGAAAGAAAGAAAACAUUUUGUGGUUUAUUGGCAAGUCACUGCAACUUCACAAGGCCCAUGUUUUAGAAAGUUUGGCUAUAGAACUCGGUCCAAGAUGUUCUGAUUAUGUUAAUGUCGGAAAGUGGGUUGAAAUUGCUGCUGAUCGCAGGAUACGCCGUCUAAAUCUUCGACUCAGCUGGUUGUCUGAGCCUAACAGGUUGCCUAAGAGGCUUUACAUAUGCAACACGUUUGUUGUUCUAACUAUUUUCAACAAGAUUUUCGUCGAUGUUCCUUCUCAGAAUAUCUUUCACAAAGAUGAAGAUGCUCUUGGUAGGCUUUUAUCAGCCUGUCCUGUUCUCAAGCAGUUGUAUGUGCGACUACGUCGCAAAGACAACCUGAUAAAUAUCAGUGUGGCAGUGCCUUCUUUAGAGACCUUUUAUUAUACUAACUUGGAAGAAAAAAAUAUAGUGGCAUCUUUGGUUAUAGAUUGUGCAAGUUUAAGAACAUUCUUCAUCCAGGAUGUUUCGGGAAGCUCUUGCACGAUUGAGAACAACAAGCGUCGCCUUGAUCACGCACUUAUCAGCGUUUUUCGUAACCUUGAUGACAAGUUUAGGACAUCUCUUUCCUCGGUUAAGAUUCUCUACUUUAUUUUGCACGCCGGUGCGGUUGAUUGUUGUAACACCAUUAACUUCUCCCGGCUUAAAGCGUGUAACUUAAAGCCAUGUGCCUUACAUUGGUUAGCACCACUCAUGUGUUUACUUGAAAAUUCUCCUAAUCUAGAAGUCCUUAUCAUCAACCAGAGAGAUCUAAAAGAUGAGGAUUCCCCACUUACGUUCAACCAACCAAGUUGUGUUCCAAAAUGUUUGUCAAACCAUCUCGAGAUCUUUGAGUUCGAAGUUUAUAGGGGAAGAAGCGGAGAGAAAGACGUGGUGAGAUACAUAUUUGCCAACUCCAAGCGUUUAAAAAGAGCUGGAAUCGCCAUUGAACCAUCCUGCGAUAGAAGGAAGAUGAUGAAAGAGGUGGAAUCUAUGUCAAGGGUUUCAAAAUCAUCUCAGCUUCUCUUCUCUACUACUCAAUUCAUUACUGAAAAUUCCCGUCCGGGUGAAUACGGUUACUGA